AUUUAGUCUUUGUAUUGUGUGUUUGCAAUUGCAACGCUUGCAUAUUGGCUCAAGGGAUGAAAAGGACAUGUGGUGGAAUUUCGUCCUGGCAUUAGCAAUUUUGCUCUAGUUACAGAACCUGGUAUUUGUAAAGCUAGGGCAAAAGUGUCAACUCAUAGGCUUGCCAAACUUCUAUGUAGCAACCCGUGCCUCUCACGCGCCACCGCGUUUGCACUAAACAGAAUACCGUCUCUCUCACCCACAUAUUCCCUUAUAAUAUCUCUUUCUCUCUCACACACAAAAGCGCACUCGCCUCUGUUGUAUUUCCUCCGGUACCACGCACUACAGUGCACACGCAAAAAACGGUUUAUUUAAGAAAAUCUUUUUUUUUUGCUUUUUUUCUUUCUCUCACUUAGAACACUCCUCUUUCGAUUUUCUCUCUCUAAACUGCAAUUUAAAUAGCCGGCUUUCAUUCAUUCAUAUCUCUCCACCUUUUGCCUCUUCUCAACUUCUAGAGAGAGAGAGAGAGAGAGAGAGAGAGAGAACAGUAUCAAAUUCUAAUCAGUUACCCCUUUCAUCAUAUACAAACAUCUAUAGAUACAGUGUUUUGCUCAAUUAUUUCCGUAUUUCAACAAAAUAAACUAGAACUAAAAUAUUCCUUACUUCUUCACCAUUCUUCCGCACUCGUUUUCCAGCUUGCGCAUGCAUUUUCGCAGUCUGUGUAUGCAUAUAUUAUAUAUAUAGGUGCGUAUUGUAGAAAUUUUGGUGGAUUGUAAUUUAGUGAUGUUGAACCUCAAUUUGACUAUUGAUCAUUCGGCACCGACCGUCGAUCGAGUUGAAACGGCGUCGGAGAAGCAUCUUAUAAUAUCGGGAGAUCAAAUGGAAUAUUCCGGCAGCUCUAAUUCCUCCAUCGUUAAUUUGGAAACAUCGAGCACCGCCGGCGAUGAUAACUCUUGCUCGAAUCAUUUCGUCGGUUUCGAUAUAUGGAAGAGCAACGGUGAAUACGAGGAGAGUGAGAAAUCGAGCUGCGGUUACGUGAUGAAGGAUUUUUUUCCGGCAAGUGGCGAAGCUCGACCGGGCCAGUGGCUGGAUCUCCCGGAGAAUCGCCAGGUGUUAGCGGAGCAGAGGAUUAUUGCUCAGCCGCAGAAGAUGCAGCAGGUGAAGAAGAGUCGGAGGGGACCGAGGUCUCGCAGCUCUCAGUAUCGUGGCGUCACAUUCUAUCGCCGCACCGGACGUUGGGAAUCUCACAUUUGGUAAGUUAAUACUUCAUUGAUUUUUCAUAUUAAUUUUAAUAUUUCAAUUACAUCUU